AUGAAUACUAAUAACAGCAGAAGAGUCCAAUUCUUUCCACAGCAUGAACGAGUUUUGGAAAUCGAUACUCUGGAGCACUACACCGAGCAAGAGAUCCUCAACUCUUGGUACACCAAGGAAGAGUUCAAGACAAUUGCAAUGCGAAGCCACAAACAUGCUCUCAGAUGGGAGUCUGGCGAAUCAUCAAUGCCUGACUCUUUCCAUCGAGGACUUGAAAUCUUCACAGAGGAAGGUGAGCAUCUCGUUACUGCUUCCAUCGAGCGAUGCAUUGACGCUGUUAUGGACGAACAAGCCGCGCAAUGGGAGUCAGACGUUGAUGACUUUGAUCGCUUGGCAGCAAUCUCUGCAGAAGUAUCAAAGUUCAGUGUCAACUAUGCUUUGGAGCAAGCUGUGGCAGAUGAACAAGAAGCACACAGAAUGUACAAGGCUAUGGAGCAAAAGAUCAACUUGCAACAGAAGCUCAAGUCGAGAGACUCCUCGAAGAAGAAUGUACUUGAUUCGAGUGAUCAUACAUCCAUCUGCUCUGAUCUCAGUCAUCCUGAGGCAGAAUCAAUCCGUUCCACAAGAGACUCCUUGUCUCAAGCUAAGGGAAACAAUAAGGCAACGAAAGCAAUUUCGAGACGCCUCACCAACGCUCUCACGAUGCCCAAGAUCGUUGGUCUUGCCAGUCGCGCUGCAUGA